GAUUGAAAAUUUUGGGUAUGCAAAACCUUAAAAGCCCAGUUAAAAGAGGAAAAGACAAUUUUGUCCUUGUCACAAAACUCCGAAACAAUUCAUCUAUAAUUGAUCUCUCUAUGGAGUCUUCGUGAGCGACUUUGACGACGACGAUUCACCUCCCCCAGAACUUGUUUGUGCUUCUCCUACGUUAGUUCUUCACUCUCCUCUUCUCCAAAUGAUGUGGAAACUUGGUCUUAGAAACUCAGCUGGUGCCAUCAUUCAAGCAGAGAAGCGGGUUCGGUUACUGUCCUCAUUGGUGCUGUCGUCUCCAUACCUGUUAAAUACGAAAGUUGCUUUGCCAGGAGGACGCUCUUCAAUGAAUAUUUACGAUCCGAGGAAAGAAGAGAUGGUAAUACCUAACCAGGGGAUGAUGACGUAUCCAUCACGUUACAUAGGAUCGUCUAGAGGGUGGGUUGGUUUCAUUAAUUCUAAUGAUCCUAGAAGCCUCUAUCUCACCAACAUGUUCAAUCACAAAGUCAUAUCCUUGCCUCCUAUGGAGCCUGAUUGUGCUGAUAAUAUCAUUAUCAACAUGUCGCUCUCCUCUUCCCCUGAUGACUCAUGUGUUGUGGCUAUCAAGUUUUUUGGAGGUCGGAUGUGUUUCUGUAGGCCUGGUGACUCAGCCUGGACCAAAACGGAAACUUCUUCAAAACUUUUGGAUUGCUCCAGUGUCCUCUACUCCAAUCGUGAUUCCAAGUUUUACUUGACAACCUUUAGGCUUGUCUCCAAGCUUCACUUCACUGCCAUAAAAUUUGAUGCUAGCACGUACAAGCCGCUGGGUCACCAAGAUUUCCCUGAGGUGACUUAUUACCACAAAUUUGACCGUCUCAAGUUACCUGAUUUGCUAUGGUCGGAGUUUGAGCUGCUAGAGUCUUGUUUCCACACUGAACACUUGGUGGAGUCGCCUACCGGCGAAGUUUUUGACAUCAUGUGGUUUAUUCAGUUCUCCCACGGUACAAAGGCGGUCCAUUGGAAGGACCAUCAUAAGCAAUUGAAAAAAGAAGAGGUGGUGAAAAAAACAAAGAGGUUUAUGGUUUACAGAGAGGAUGAGGAUUGUUACACGUAUGACAUUGGGGAUCUCUGCAUCUUCCUUGGUCAAAGUACUGAAGCCUUUUGUUUACAAGCGAGUAUGUUCCCAGGCCUAAAGCCUAAUUCCAUUUACUUUGCUGCAGCUAAUCAUAGCGGUGUUUACGACCUUGCCACCGAUGUAAUCCAUGAUCUCCCUCUCACUAAUACCCCUCUUAUGUGGCUUGCCCCACUCUCACACUAGCUCUCGUAAUAUGUUGUAGUCUCUGCAUUUGGAAUUGAUAAGUUAUUUCUUCAUUAACAUUGAACAAUAAAAAGUUAUUGCAAACACAGGAAAUGAAAGAAAAACAGUCAUGUUUAACUA